UAGAAGUCGCAUAAUUUACACGCGGUUCUACAACUAACUAAGUUAUUUCUAAAGGCCUCCUUCAGAGAUGGCGAGUUCAAAUGAAACCUUUCAGCCUGUGGACUCAGUGGUGUUGUAUCGCGCUUUCUGGCUAUGCUGGCAGGUGGUCGGAAUCUCAACUACAAGCUGUAAAUACUUCUGUGGCUUCUACGACCUUCUCAUAAAUGUGCUGGUGACAAUUUUCUAUCCAAUCCAUUUGUUUGUGGGUCUCUUCCUGAAUCCAACGCCAGCAGAUCUCUUCCAAAAUCUGUCAAUUACCAUUACCUGUUUCGUUUGCAGCGUGAAGCAUUACUUAUUGCGUCGUAAAUUACCGCAAAUACGCGCGGUGCAAGCGCUGCUCACCGACCUGGACAAGCGUGUCGAGGGCGUAGAGGAACACGCAUACUUUGAAGAGGAACUUGUUGUUGGCGCAAAGAAUGUCUGGAAAUUAUUUUCCAUCGCCUAUGGUGGCGCAAAUAUGGCAGCAAUUUCAGCCACGCUACUGAGCAAGGAACGCCGUCUAAUGUACCCCGCAUGGCUACCAUUCCAAUGGGAGGCCAACACGUUCAGCUACUGCGCUGCGGUCAUUUACCAGAUUGCCGGUGUUACAAUACAAAUCAUACAGAAUCUAGCCAAUGACAUCUUUCCACCAAUGAGCCUCUGCAUCAUUGCCGGACACGUGCAUUUGCUGGCGUUGCGCGCGGCCAAAGUGGGUGCGGAUGCCGAGAAAUCUAUGAAGCAGCAUACUCACGCGUUGAUCGAAUGCAUAGAGGAUCAUAAGAAACUGGUGCGCAUUUUUCAACUGACGCAGGAUACGCUCUCACAGGCGCAACUGGUGCAGUUCAUUUCCAGUGGCUUGAAUAUGUGCAUAGUGUUGUUCUAUUUGAUUUUCUAUGUGGACAAUGUAUUUUCCUACAUUUACUAUGCGGUUUAUUUUGUCAGUAUGGCUAUUGAAUUGCUGCCGAGCUGCUUCUAUGGCAGCAUGUUGACUUAUGAGUUCCAGCAACUGUCGUCGGCAAUCUUCAAGUGCAGCUGGCUUGGGCAGUCGCGCGAGUUUUACCAGAAUCAACGCAUUUUCGUGCAGCUCUCAUUGAAAGAGAUUGUUCCUUUGGCAGGUGGCGUCAUCGCUAUACAACUGAAUUCUUUCCUGGGCACCUGCAAGAUGGCUUAUUCUUUGUAUAUGGUGUGCAAUCGUAUGAAAUAGUUAUUGCCCGAAUAUAUGGGGCUUCUAACAAAUGAGAUGUUUGAGAGAAGUUGUCUAACAGAAAGUGGUUCAAACGGUUCAGUUUAAGCAAAAUAACAAAUAAGGUUUGAGUUUCAUAGCAAAAUUUCUUUUUUUAUCUUUAAGUUAAAUGUCUAUUAUGGAUAAAUAUUGUUUAUUUUCUUAAACUGUUGUUUUUUUUUAGCUCAAUACUUUUGGUUUUAAGUAAUCCAUUCCUUCAUUUGUGCUUUCUAUAAGCUUCCUCAGCAUUUGCUGCGACGAGUUUCGAAUAAUCUUGGAAUUACAGUAAUUUUUUUAUUAAUUUUUUCGACUUUUUAAAUACAUGACAGUUUGAAAGUUUGACAGUUCAUACACCACAAUCUUGUCGCUAAUAUUCUCAGUUGGAAUUUUUUUAUUUACAGUAAUCUCUUCUUUGUAAUAAAGCAUAUAGCUCGUUUACGUAUAUAUAUUACAAAAACCACAAAUUUCGAAUAUAUCUUAUUGGUAUUAUAUAAUUGUGUAGUUGUUUCUCUACGUUCAAAGUUUUAGCUAUUCCAACAUUCGAUAGCCGCAGACCUUCCUCAACUCGCUAACGCCGAAGCAAAUAUUCGAUCAUACAAAAUUCGCCACGGAAUCCAUUGAAAUUGGAGUAUGAGUUCCGACAAUAGUCAAGCAAUCAAAAUUGCAAUCAAAGCGGCGCCAAAUGCAAAUUGAAUUGAAUUCUAAAUGCCAACCGCUAAAAUAGUACUGAGUAUUUUUACCUGCGGCAGAAAUCAAGAACUAAAAGCAAAAACAAAGGUGCACUAACAAAAAAUUAAAGAAAACAAAAAAUACAACUGUAAACAAACCGAAGAAACAAAUAAAAUGCAAUUUCUGAAAUUAUUUGAAAAAUGUGAAAAAAAUAUUUGAUUAUUUUUCUAUAAACAUGUGCUUUUGAGUGUGGAAAAAAAC